AUGGAAAGACACCCUGAGGUACAAAAUGUACUUACAGUUAUGAACAAUCACAAUCUGAGUUUGCCUCAAAAUCAAGGACGUCUACAGGCGUUAAUUGAUAAACGGUAUAAUUGUGGUAGGACCACUCCGAGAGAGACUGGCUUCCGUUUAUUUGCCGAAGUUUUCGCCGAUAUUUACUCAUUGAAUGGGCAAAGUACGCCAAAUAUUAUUAUUAGAAGAGCAUCCGAAUGUUAUUGGCGUAACCACCUUACUCCACUAGAACGAAGUCAAUAUAUUGACUAUGCCGAUGAAUUAUCCAAAGAUAAUAUAAAUAAGGGAUUUCGGCUCGCCAAUAUAAUGAUUUCGUAA